AUGGAUCGCGACAAGAGCUCGCUGGCCGAGCGGCCCAGUCAGCUUAUUGUGAAGCAGUCCGGAAGGAAACCUCUUUUCGCAAGCAACAUCCCGCGGGGAACCGACAGAAACAAAGAGAACGAUCGAGCGCAGCAGAACAAUUCAAGGCUUGGGUCUAGUAUACAGAGCAAUGGGUUCGCGCGGUCGACAAAUUCGGAUCCUGACAGGCGAGCGAGCGUCGGUAGUCUUGGCUCUCGCGACAGCAAAUUACCUACGCCCGGAUUUUCCUCCUCCACUCGAAAACGACUCUCCAUGACCGAUGCGUUCCGCCUCGCUGCUAAGGAAAUCGAGGAUGACAGCGAUGGAACACAACCGGUUGAUGCAUCGCCUAGUCCAGCACCUCGAGUUUGGCGCGAGAAACACGAAGGAGAGGGAAACCAGAUGCGGCAGAUGUUGAGUCACGAUCACCUGGACACGAAGGCUCCGAGUCGCCCCUUUUCCCGAGGGUCAAUUGCUUCGAGGAUACCCGAGAUAAAGAAAACGCCAGACAAGACCGAAUCGUCGCGACGACGGAACUUUUAUGGCAAGUCCAGGGCAGGACUUUCCUUUACGCCUAGAGAGCCGACCCAGGAGAGUACCACGCCUGCGCAUGCGCCCCCAACUACGACCGUCAAUGGGGUUAGACCAGAUAGCCGGCCUGGGAGUGCGGCUGGGCUACGAAUAGGCUCGCACUCGUUGAGACAAAUGCCUUCAAAAGACGACCUGACGAAACAAGGACGAAUUCCAGCUCUAGUCCCUGGUAUUGAGGAAUUGUACCCGUCGAUUGAGGGCCCAGAAGCUCAAAACGAGGCACCUGGCCCAGCAUCCCCCGAAAAGAGCUUCGCAUGGCAGGUGGACGACGACUUUACGGCUGGAGAGUUACAAGUUUCAGAUAGUCCAAGGCUUCGCAUGGGCGUGCGUCCGUUUGCAAAUCGCAUUCACUUCGAUGAAGGGAGUGAAGUCGACAUCAACUCACGGACGAGGGUGGCGCCGCCUGGAGCAAGAAACACCAAGCUUGAUGAGAUUCGAUCACGGGAGGUCAAGACAGGAAGCGAUAUUCCUCUCGAGCCGCCGCGACCACAUAAUACAAAGAUAGACGAGAUACGGGAGCGUGAGGAAAAGGUCGAGCAUCAAAUACCCAUACCUGAUCGAAACGCACCAAGACCAAGAAAUACCAAAUUGGACGACAUACGACAGCGGGAGGUUAACGGCUUGCCCAGGAGGUCAAUGGCAUCAAUUAAGUUAGAAGAGAUUCGUGAGCACAAUGCAAUGAGUCGCUCACGCUCCCCAGAAGAUCGACCCAGGACGAGCCGAGGGAUGCUCCCAGAGACAAAGACGACAAGUGAACUCGAACCGAAAGAGCCGUCGCCUCGACCUCGGUCUGCUUUUGAAGGGGCCGGUGUCAGUAUCCCCGACACGCCUGUGACAAUAUACAAGUCGCGACGCGAGAGCGCGGAAUCGGACCAUCCUAGGGAGGAUGGUGACUCAAAAAAGGACGAGACAAGUCGUACGCGACCAGGUCUGUCGCACACACGUACGGAUUCCCGAGACCUACUGCGACGCCUGGCGCGGGCUGCCAGUUCCAGUCCUGCGCCAGAACCUGAGCCGCGACAGGUGGCCGACAGUGACAAACCCGCUCUGUUGCCCCUAGAACCGAAGCCUGACACUGCUUCUGCAAUUCCUCAACCUUCAACCAGCAAUGGCUACAGAAAUCGUCAACAUCGCUCUAACAGAGAUUUCAGUCCCAAACCUAGUGUCGCAUUUGCUGGCCUGUCUCGAACUCGAUCAACGGAAUCUGUUAAGAGUAAGAAAUCCAUGAAUUCGGAGGCGGAUCCCACGGACCGCAUUGAGGCGGAGGCCAGUCUGUUUGCGCCUGGCGAUAAUCACUCUGAGAAGGGCUCUAUGAAGGCCCCAUCUCCAGAGCCUGAUGUCGACGAUGAAAAAGAUAUUGACGCGACACCGCGACCGACGAAGCCGGAUCCAUUGACUAUGCCCACACCAAAGGUCACGGGCGCAUACGUGGAAACACCAGCGACAGUCAAGGUGGAGAAGAUCGAAAUAAAAGACAAACAGGAAAAGCCAAAGAGGGAAGAAAGGCCAUUGCGACAAAGAUCUGCAUCGUUCCGUGAUAAAAGGACGGAUCGUGCUAUGAGUGGUAGCGAUAGGGACACUGCAUCAGACCCGGGGACAGACGACAAAUUGACCACCAAGACCUCGUCGAGUGGGGUGAGGAGACGGCGCACUCGAUCUCUUUCACGGCGCCGAGGAACACUGAAAAACUCGGCCAAGCUUCCCACAGUCAAAGACGAUUUGAAAGAACUUCAACGUACACAUCACAUCGAUGACUCGACGUUAGAUGAUCUCGAAGAGGUUAUUCUCGGUCGCAAAGCCCCAUCUCAAGAAGUUGAGGCUCUCCUUGAUAAACUACCUGAGAACUCAUCACUUGAUGACGAUUUCGACUUCGACUUGGAACUUGACACCAAACUGAACACACGAACCAACCAAAUCGACCCUCAGAGCAACGACAACUCUGAUCUGGAUCGAAUGACUCGCAUGAACAAUACCCUCAAGAACAGCCUCUUCGGGAUCCAUACUGCAGCAAGGGGCAUUGAACGUCUUUCUGAUCAAGUCAGCACCAAGAGUAAAGCUGUCGAGAACAAGGCCACUGAAGAGAAGCCGACUGAGCUCAAGACACCUAAAGAAGAGCCAACUGAGAAGAACCUCCUUGACAUCGCUAAGCCCGAACCGCUGCCUGAAAAGAUGGCCACACUCCCCGACAACCACGGCGCUAGCACCGCCUUCAUCACGCAUUCCGACGGCAAGACGGUGUCUUACGUUUCACUACCUCUUCCAGAACUCUUCCACCGCAAACCAUCCUUCCGCUUCACAGGUCUUGGUCUUUUUCUCUUCCUCCUUGGCCUUUGGUAUGCUCUCGAGUCUACCAUGUGCCAUGCCUUCUGUCGUCCUGUUAGUUGCAGCAAUCCUCCCUGCGUCUGGUCCGUCGAUGAUCCUACCUUUGGAAAUGCCAUUCCUGUGAAGCUGGACCAGUGGGUUACUGGAGGUCGUGGUCGCAUCCUGGCUGGACAACUCAUGGAAGAAGCGGUUGACUGGUAUGCCGACAUGAAGGACGUCUGGUACGAUCGCGAAAUCACCGACAUUGACAUCCACGGGCUCUCAUUUGACAAGAAGCGUCAGCAUCGCCGUCGUCUCCGCAAGAAGGGUCUCUUGAAGCGUCGCGUACCAACAUCUGAGGAGCGAGCAAGGCUGGAAGCUUGGAAGAGAUCCCAGGAGGAGGAACAACGACAGCAGGCAGCCAGAGAGAUGGGCUAUGAGAUUCGAGUCGACGAUGAUGAGACUGUCGGAGGAGAUACCAGGGUUUGGUGA